AUGAGCAUGAGUCUCACGUAUUUUUCGCUUAUUCAACCGUGGCAUCCAUCGUCCACUCUGGUCCACGAGUCUGCACUCGCCGUUGAGAAGGUUGCCCCCGGGAAGUUCUGGGAGUACUCGAACGCCCUGUUCAAUGCGCAGAAGGAGUACUUCGACGUCAAUGUCGUGAAUGAAACCCGGAACCAGACUUACCAACGGCUGGCUGAGCUCGCGGGCACCGUGGAAGUCGACAAGGAUUCGGUCUAUAAACUCUUGCAUAUUGCAGAUAAACCGGAUGGAGAUGCUUAUAACAUCGGGAAUCAGGUCACGAACGAUGUCAAAUUCAUCACCAAGGCAGCCAGGCAGGUAUCUGCACAUGUGACGCCUACUGUGUUUUUUAACGGGGUUGUGGAGAAUUCUAUCAGCAGCGGCUGGGCUUUAGACCAGUGGAAGGAAUGGAUUGACAACAACGUGAUUUGA